AUGUCCCAAGAAGCUUUUUCGGCCCCUGGCAGCACCUUGCAGACGUACACCUCACUGGGAAUUGGGGUACCCUGGGACCCUCCAGGAAAACACAAGACCCCUGUCAGUACUUACACUGACUCCUUGCCGGUCAAAAAGACCAUCCAAGAGCAGGCUCCACUGCAGCUCUGGAAAGAAAAUAAGUUUGUGAUGCAAGGAUUAAUGAUGCCCCUGGUGCAAAAUCUGGCAAGCCAAUGUCAGCCUGAGCAGCUGAUUAAGGCAGUGAUGCAGAAGUACUACAGGAAUGCCAUCAACCCUGCUGGCUGGCCAGGUCUGAAGGUACUGCUGAAGUCCCAACCGAAGUACAAAACAGUUUUUGUCAAGGAAGACAAAUACAUCCCCUGGAGAAUGGGUCCCUACAACAGCACAGCCUGGAAUAAGCACUCCUCCUACCUCCCCCUCCUGCCCAAGGACACAAGGAUGGAGACCUUCCUGCACAACAUACCCAUGCCAUGCCACCCAAAACGUGCCUGCCUCAAUCAAUCUGAGAGGGAGGUGGCCACCAAUAUGCUGCACAGGCUGUCACGGCUCUCGCCACUGUCCCUGCAGCCUGUGUAUACUGUGAUGGGGAGGGGAUCCUUCCAGGGCUACUACAGCCCCUGCUCUGGGCACCACUACUGCCUGUGAAGGAUGGGCUACUACAUCAGUGGGGGCCCCACCAUUAGAAGGCAUCUCCACAUGCUAGCAGAGAGGGCUGUAAAGAAUAUCCUGUGCUGCAGUUACAGCCCCACAGCAAUGGUCUGUGCAUCUACACAUCACCCCAAGCCAUCCUCCCUGUACACAAAACCUAGGUGCAGACAGGUUCAAUGGGGAGAGUGCUCCAGGCAGGGUGCCCUGGGGGAAAAGCCUAUUAUUUUUUCCUGACACCAGCCAGCCACUAGGUCUCUUUUCAUUAGGUUUUCAUGCAAAAUUACUCAGAGGAUUAUUCUGGGGGUGAUGAUAUGGGCUGCGGACCCUGAGGGGUAACAGGUCCCAUCAUGUUGCCCACACAGGUAGCAAUGCAGCUGCUGCACCUCCGUCUCACAGGAUAAAUGGACAUGACUGGAUGCCAUUAUGAUGCUGGGCUCUGGAGUGUGUUGUUGCCACCUGCAGAGAAGCAGUGACCAAAUUUACUCCCAGGGCAGACGUUUCUAUUCUCGGUCUUAUCCUGCAAUCCUUGGGACUGUAUGGCACCUGAAAUCUUGCUGGCACCCCUAAGCCUGACUGCAUAUAGCUCAGCAUCUCUCAGAUUUUUGGGGACACAUCAGUGUUUCCUGUGCUGCUCUUGUAUUUUCUGUCAUCAUCACUUGCUCUUAUCCAAGAACCUGUUCUCUGGUCACAGUGUUCUUCCCACAGUAAUCAGCCCUGUCCCUUACCUGCUGCAGGUCCAGCAGCACCUUUUAAUCCCCACAUGUUUACCUUUAGGAUGUCUCCAUUGCUGAGGCAGCUCUUUUCCUGGAACAGCCUUGAGGAAGCAGCAAAGGGCAAGGAGAGGCUGUUCAACCAGCUUAGUCAUCACUCUGCUACUACAUCAACCCCCACAGUCCAAAAUUAGGCUUCAGGCUUGCAGAAAACAUGCAAUUGGCUUUAAAUUCGUGAGCCCAGAAGCUAAAACCAAACAACAAGAACAAACUGAGAGUGCUGGGUUCCCUGUAGAUGUCCCUAUGCCCAAGCUUUGGUGAGAUGCUUCUCAAGGUUUUCUCUGCUGAGAAACAGGCAGAUUUGCUUGGACUUGCAUGGCUCUGUGAAUGAAGGUUUUAGGUAAAUGACAGUGCAAGGGUGAGUGGGCAUUUGCAGGGUGGGAGACCCACUGGAAGCAGCUGACUGAGAUGGCAAUGCCAGGGAGCUUCAGCUCUUCUUUCUGGGCUUUGCUUUGGUCUCAGCACCCAAAGACACACCCCAAAGUGGAUGGGGGCAGCUGUGUGUCUGCUUCUUGCCCCUAAAUGAUGCAGGCAGCCAGAAGCAUGUUUUCUGCUCUUCCUCACUGGA